AUGGCUCGCUCUCGCCGCGGAGGAGGUUCCUUUGGUUCCUCUCGUCGUCCUGCUGCUCCUGUUCGUAGAGCUGCACCCCCAGCCCGUCCUGCUUCCACCAGCUCUUCUACCCCUGCCCCUAUGCAACAAUCCAGUGGCGGUGGCAUGCUUUCCGGUAUUGGAUCCACCAUUGCCCAAGGUAUGGCCUUUGGUACCGGUAGUGCCGUUGCCCAUCGUGCGGUGGGUGCUGCUGCCGGAGCCAUGAGUGGAGAUGGUGGCCAACCUGCUGCUGGUCAGCCUGUCGAGGUUGCUGGAGACAUGCAGCAGCAACAACAACUCCAAGGAGCUUGCGCCAACGACAAACAAAUGUUCUUUGAGUGUCUCCAACACAACCGUGGAGACCAACAAGCUUGCUCCUUCUUGUACGAAAACCUUCAAACUUGCCAGCGCGAAUCCAGCACCAUGCAAUUCAAUUAA